AUGGCUGAAAACGUUGAACAUCGAUACUCUAGGGCCUUGGAGCCCACAAUAAGUUCAACUUUACCAUCAUUCACCUCCCUCCCUAUUCGUAUUCGCGAAGAAAAUCUUUAUCAAGGACUACGUGCUCGGAUUCGUUCUUCGUGGAUGCUUGUUCGCCACAGCAAAGUACACUCUUCGGCUGGAGCGGAAUGUGCUCUUGGACAUAUUGUCUCUCUCGUUAUGCCAGAAUGUCCCCCAGAAAGGAUUGACCUGGCAACCGAAGUUUUUGAUUAUGCUUUCAUCCAAAACGGUAGGAUUCAUAUCUCUAGUAUCUAUACGCUUAUUUUCAAUAAACUAAAAGAGACAGAUGCCCUGGAAACACCUGAAUCACGAGAAGCCGAAGCAAAAAGCGACCAGUUUGAUAUACUUGCUAUGGAGAUUCUUGGGAUAGAGCAUCCUUUGACAAUUUCAAUGCUCUCCUCCGUGCAUGAGUACUUGAUGACAAAACACGAAGCCGUUCCAAGUUUUCUCAACUUUGAAGAAUAUCUUAAGUAUCGAGUAACUCAUGUUGGAUCAAAAGCUGACUUUGAUCUUAGCAUACUGAGUCUAAUGAUAUGCAUUUUAAUGGAUAUACCUAUUGGUUCCGAGGAAUUGGAGAAUAUCCACCAUAUUAUCCAGCCGCUAGAUGAGUAUUUUGCUCUCUGCAAUGACUACUUCAGCUACUGGAAAGAAAAAGAAGAUACCCGAGGAGGAGAAUAUCCAAGCGCAAUUGUUUUUUUGAUGAAGAGCAAAGGUAUCUCUGAAGGAAUUGCUUUAGAAAUCGUCAGGGAGAAAAUGAUUUCAUUGGAAGAAUCUCAUUACUCGGCACUUAGAAAGACGAUAGCGGAGAAUGCGUUGUCCCUAGACCAGCAGCGAUACAUUCAAUAUCUUCAACUGGCACAAGGAGGGGCGCACGCUUUUAGCUGUACCGCAUACAGGUAUAACCCAGACGCCGCAAGAAGACUCGGAGUAGAUGCUAAGCUGGAGACCAAGCGAUAUGUCAUCUUGAUGACUUACUGGAGUUACCUUCUUCAUCGAGCCAGUGCGAUAUUUCAUCGGGAAUCUCCAGAUAAGGGUAUCACUCGCCAUUUACCCAAACGGGAGCAAAUCCGUAUCGCUCCAGAUAGCGCCAGUUUCUUGGCCACCCGCGGGUCAAAAUCCGAUCUCCAUCCGCCAGAUCGGAGUCGUCCCCUCCUGUCUCUAUUCCCGGCUGAACAAUUGUAA